AUGUCUAUCUUUAAUCCUUUAACGUGGUUGUGGCCAAAUUCCAAAUCGUCAUCCGCAUUAACUCUAUCCCCCGACUCAACCACAGUCUUUGCCGAAGUGCCACCACUACCAAGUCUUACUACUUACUUCGCUUACGGUUCGAAUAUGUCCGUUGACCAAAUGAACCUACGAAAGAUUCCGUGGACGAAUCGAUGCGCGGCUGCAAUUCGUGACUAUCGUAUAGCAUUUAACUCGGAUGGCGGGAUAAAAUCUUAUGCGAAUAUCAUGCCGAAACCGGGGAAAAAUGUGUAUGGAAUCAUGUAUGAAGGUUGUAAUCAUCAAUCGUUUGAGAAUCUUGAUUGGCAUGAGGAGGUCAAAAUAGGUAGGUAUUUACGGGUGGAAGUAGAUAUAUUAAUGCCGCUUACUGAGGAUGGACUUUGGGAGUACGGGCUGGAUGGCGAAUUUUUGAAUGGGAACGAACUUGGAAAGAAAGAUCCUGCGAAGAGUCUUCGAACAGUAGUGUAUAUUGGUGCACCCUCAUUUAUUAAGGAAGGGUUAUCGCCUACUAGGGAAUAUUUAAGUAGACUUUUAAAGGGAGAGGAUUAUUUGCCGAAAGAAUAUUUUGAAGAACUUAAACGGACCCCAACUAUUGAUGUCUAUGAAGACCGUAUUUAA